AUGGAUGUCUCUCUUUGCCCAGCCAAGUGUAGUUUCUGGCGGAUUUUCUUGCUGGGAAGCGUUUGGCUGGACUAUGUGGGCUCCGUGCUGGCUUGCCCUGCAAAUUGUGUCUGCAGCAAGACUGAGAUCAAUUGCCGGCGGCCGGACGAUGGGAACCUCUUCCCCCUCCUGGAAGGGCAGGAUUCGGGGAACAGCACCGGGAACGCCAGCAUCAACAUCACGGACAUCUCAAGGAACAUCACUUCCAUACACAUAGAGAACUGGCGCGGCCUGCACACGCUCAACGCCGUGGACAUGGAACUCUACACCGGCCUCCAGAAGCUGACCAUCAAGAACUCAGGACUUCGGAGCAUCCAGCCUAGAGCCUUUGCCAAGAACCCCCACUUGCGCUACAUCACCCUGAGCACCCCUGGCCUCCCAGCCCUGGGAGGGAGUGGGGCCAUCUUCCUCUCUCUUCUUGCCCGCAGGAGAUUGGAGCAGAACUUCUUCAACUGCAGCUGUGACAUCCGCUGGAUGCAGCUGUGGCAGGAGCAGGGCGAGGCCAGGCUGAACAGCCAGAACCUCUACUGCAUCAGCGCCGAGGGCUCCCAGCUCCCCCUCUUCCGUAUGAACAUCAGCCAGUGUGACCUCCCUGAGAUCAGUGUGAGCCACGUCAACCUGACCGUACGAGAGGGAGACAACGCUGUCAUCACUUGCAAUGGCUCUGGCUCGCCCCUGCCUGAUGUGGACUGGAUAGUCUCGGGGCUGCAGUCCAUCAACACCCACCAGACAAAUCUGAACUGGACCAACGUCCACGCCAUCAACCUGACGCUGGUAAACGUGACGAGUGAGGACAAUGGCUUCACCCUGACGUGCAUCGCAGAGAACGUGGUGGGCAUGAGCAAUGCCAGCGUGGCCCUCACUGUCCACUACCCCCCGCGUGUGGUGAGCCUGGAGGAGCCCGAGCUGCGCCUGGAGCACUGCAUCGAGUUCGUGGUGCGCGGCAACCCUCCGCCGACGCUGCGCUGGCUGCACAACGGGCAGCCCCUGCGGGAGUCCAGGAUUAUCCGUGUGGAGUACUACCAGGAGGGCGAGGUCUCCGAGGGCUGCCUGCUCUUCAACAAGCCCACCCACUACAACAACGGCAACUACACCCUCAUCGCCAGAAACCCGCUGGGCACGGCCAACCAGACCAUCAAUGGCCACUUCCUCAAGGAGCCCUUUCCAGAGAGCACGGAUAACUUUGUCUCUAUCUAUGAAGUGAGCCCCACACCUCCUAUCACUGUGACCCACAAACCAGAGGAAGACACUUUUGGGGUAUCCAUCGCCGUCGGACUUGCUGCUUUUGCCUGCGUCUUGUUGGUGGUUCUCUUUAUCAUGAUCAACAAGUACGGUCGUCGGUCCAAAUUUGGCAUGAAGGGUCCUGUGGCUGUCAUCAGCGGUGAGGAGGACUCUGCCAGCCCGCUGCACCACAUCAACCAUGGUGUCACCACACCCUCGUCGUUGGAUGCCGGCCCGGACACCGUGGUCAUCGGCAUGACCCGUAUCCCGGUCAUUGAGAACCCCCAGUAUUUCCGUCAGGGACACAACUGCCACAAGCCAGACACAUGGGUCUUUUCAAACAUAGACAAUCAUGGGAUAUUAAACUUGAAGGACAAUAGAGAUCAUCUAGUCCCAUCAACUCACUAUAUAUAUGAGGAGCCUGAGGUCCAGAGUGGGGAAGUGUCUUACCCAAGGUCACAUGGUUUCAGAGAAAUUAUGUUGAAUCCAAUAAGCCUUCCCGGACACUCCAAGCCUCUUAACCAUGGCAUCUAUGUUGAGGAUGUCAAUGUUUAUUUCAGCAAAGGACGUCAUGGCUUUUAAAAACUCCUUUUAAGCCUCCCUGUUUGGAUGUCACCUGGGUAGACUGGGCUCUCUGAGAGGUUGGAAGCUCUAGGCAUUGUUCUCUUUGGAUCCGGGAUGCUAAGUAGAAACUGCAUGAGCCACCGGUGCCCACACCCUUUACCACCAUGAGGUGGGCGUUUCCCCCAUCCACCACUGGCAGGGUUGCCCUUUCCCUCCAAUUGUCACUGUGCUCCUUUUUUUCUGGCCUCCGAGGCAGCUCCUGCCACCAUCUUUAGAGCCAAUAAAGAGAAUUAAAAACCUGUGCACCAGGAACCAUCUUUUAAACACGCUAGCCAUUCUCUUGCUUUACAAAAACAACCCAGCCACCACAAGAAAGCCUGAUGAAGCCCAGCCGUGCUCCGGCCUCACGUGCCCUGCUCGCAAGUGUGGGGGCCCCCUGGCUCACCUCUUAGUCACCUCGUCGCCGGCAACCUCCAGUGGGGAAAAGAUGAAAGCAGAGGUGGAGACGGCGCGGUGAGAGGAGGGGGAGCCAGGCCCCAGUGUCAGCACCAGAUUAGGUCUCAGAGGAGAGAAUGGAAGCCAGUCGUUUUCUAUACUGUUUUUGGUGGAGAAAAGCAUACAUUUUUUUUUGGACACACUUUCCCCUUCCUCCCUCUUCUCUCUGGAAUGGCUCACAGUGAGUGUGGCAUUAGAAAACUCCUCGGAGAGGAGGAAGUUCUCCGGGACCGUUCCUUGGCCCCUAGACCUGCAGUUGGGACACACGUGGCUGGCUGCAGGAGGUCUUGCCUGGGCAUUGGCCGUCCUACUAGGACCACAAGGGACCGGGGGAACCAGGGACCAAGGCCCUUCCUGCUAGUCCAUGAUCCUGGGAUUGGCUCUCUUCCCCACUUUCACUUAUUCUUGACUCUGAGAACUUUCGGAACCCAAUGGAAUCACCAUUUCAAGGCCAAGAGGAACUGAAGGGGAAGAGAAGUAAAACUUGGCCUCCUCCAGCCCCUCUCAUGGCACCAGUGGAAGUGUCAUCCUGUUCUCUGGUCAAUAUAUGUGUUUACCUUGCUUGCUUUGACUCAUGCCUUACUCUGCGGCCACCCUCUCCCAAAGAGGGCGUUGCUUUCCCCAUUUUCAACUUGGCCCACUGGGGGAGAGGGAAGGGGAUGACUGUCCCCUGCUUUGGUAGGAAAGGCACAGUGGUAGGGCCUAAACGCCUCUCAGAUUUGCUGCCACGUUGACUGAGUGGACUUUGGGCUGGACCCAGUGACCCCUGUCCAUGGUGCCCCCCUUGUGGGAAGUCAGCACAGACUGCCCCCUUGAUGGGGGAGAGCAUGGAGCAGGGGACCUCCCCUGGGGAGCUCUUAGGACACAGUCGUGGUGGUCUUAACCCACAGAGUUUUGGGUGGCAACACACCACGCUAGACAACAGGUUCUCUGCCUGUGGCAAAUUUCCCUGGAGGUUAAGAGCCCCACUUAGGGUGUUGUGCCUGGGUUCCUGUGGAUGGUGGUUCUUCACGUCAGGUCCCCAGUCUGGUUCUGCAGAUGCUUCAGUGGGGUUUAGAAACGUGAAGCUUUCCAAGUUCUUGCCCAGCAUCUGGGGUGGCCUCCCAGGCUCCUGAGUGCCCGGAGUACCCCAUGGGGAUUCACCUUCUCUCCUGGUCCUCAAGCUGUGUGUUUACCCAGCCCCUCCCAGCUCCCCGCCUUCCUAGUCCCCAUGCUUCAUGUCAGGCUAGUCCCCAUUCUGUCCCACCGACCCUUCGGGCCAGGACCUCCUCCUGAGUGUGGCUUUAAGGAGUAAGCUUGAGGAUGAUGUUUUUUUAAUUAUUGUAAAUCAUUACCUCAUUUCCAGCCUCCCAGGCUUCAUCCAUCGCAGCAUCUUUUAUUCUGCCAUUUUCCUCACCUUGUGCUAUGACAAUGGGGCGUUGUGUUUCCACAGAGACUUAUAGGAGUGUUCAGUGUAUAGUUUCUUAAUAAACACUUUAUUUUCUAAUGAAA